AUGUUGUGUACCUGUUUGAAUCCACAAUCUUACCACUGGUUUUUGUGUUUCAUGGUUUUGUCCUCAUGGUGUGCGGUGCGGCAGGAGGAGGCCCCAGACCAGCAGGAGGCCCCGGGGGAGCAGCAGGAAGCCUCAGACCAGCAGCAGGAGGCCCCGGACCAGGACCCGGUGGUGGGCCGUAGCAAGCGUCACGUCCCCCUGGAUCUGGAGCUCUGGUGCUUCCCUCGGGGCCCGCACUGA